AUCAAAAGCGGGGCAUCGUAUACAAUAGUGAAUUGUCUGCAUUCCAGGGAUUCUACACGAGAGAGCAGCAGUGUUAUUAUGGAGGUCCGCGCGGUGGUCUGGUUUGUGUGUUUGUUUGUUUGUCUGUCCGUGGUCAGCGGUUGUCUAGUGGACGAUAAAUACAAUGAAGUGACCCCCGAGGAUUUGGUGUCGCGGCUCCAGGUCAUUGUGUACGGGGAGGUGAUUGAUUUCGUCCAGGGGGACCCCCUCAUUGACGCCACAUUCCGUGUGUUCUGUAUCGUCAAAGGCAACACGACAAUCCUGGAGAACAUCACGAUAGAGGGCGUCAGUCCGCGAUCCGCCUGCUCAGGGACCUACGUCUACUGGGUCAAGGUCACCUCAAACUUCGAGAAAACCGGCGCCGUCAUGAUCCUUGGUCUCCGGGAAACUAAAAGGUCGGGGGUUUACGAGUUCCACGAAAUCAACGAUCUUCAAUCCUCGGCCUUUAACGAUUCUUCAGAGUCGUGGAAACUAAUCAGCAAGGUCGUGAAGACAGACAUGUUCCCUCCCAUCAACUCGGCAUCAAACAGGUGUCCGGAGAAAUCUGACCAAAAGGGUCCAUCACCGGACACGAAUCCAGUGGCCAGCGAACAGGGAGGAAAUAACAGCGUGACGAUCAGACUGGACACCGUGACGCUCUGGACGUGGGUCAUCAUGGGGUCACUACUGUGGUCACGUGACCCGUGACAUACGUGAAUGGUUUAAUAUGGACGUAUUAGUGAGUGGGGUGAGAUUGAGAGAAAAUGACAUGAACCUUGUACGACAUCUUUCUGUUGAUUCUAUUUAUUUUCUUAGGGUCGUUGUGAUCACGUGAUUGUUAACAUUCUAUUUGUUCCUUGUAAGGUAAUAAAUUAUUUACUAUAA